AUGGCCACCUCCAGCGUGAACCCGCUCAUAUCGAGCCAGAAGUCCUCGGAGCUCCAGGCCAUCCUCCACCCUCUCGUCCUCCUCACCAUUUCCGAUUAUAUCACCCGCCACACUUUGCGUUCACAAGAAGGCCCCAUCGUCGGUGCCCUCUUAGGCCAGCAGAAUGGUCGUGAAAUCACUAUCGAGCAUGCCUUUGAGUGCCACACGAAACAAGCGCCGGAGGUGGACGGCGGUUACCUCCUAGACUCUGGUCGGUUCGGCGCAAGAUUAGAGCAGAUGAAGACAGUCCACAAAGACCGCAGCCUCGACCUCGUCGGCUGGUACACCCUCCUCCCCUCUACCGGCCCAACCCCUACCGUCCUUCCUAUCCACAACCAGCUCCUCGCUGAGUUCAACGAGUCUGCCCUCCUUCUCGCCUUCCAUCCCGAAGAAGUUCUCUCUCACUCUGUCGGCGGCAAGCUCCCCAUGACAAUUUUCGAAUCCAACUACGAGGUCGAUGACGCUUCCAAAGCACCCGCUGAUAGCGAGGAUAAGAAGAUGGAGGACGGCGAGUCCAACAAGCUGAGGCUUCGCUUCCGCGAACUCCCCUACACAGUUGAGACUGGCGAAGCCGAGAUGAUUAGCAUGGACCAUGUCGCACGUGGCGCUGGCAACGCCACCGCCAUUCAGGCGCCUAAGGAGUCCAAGCCCAAGGUUCAACUCGUCGAGUCUGGCGGAAAGCGCCGCGUUGUUGUUCCCGAAGGAGAAGACCAGGAUGACACCGAAGUUACGCUUUCCCCUGAAGAGGAGGAGAUGGUCGCCGCCCUUACGGCCAAGGCCAACGCUGUCAAGAUGCUAGAGGGGCGCAUCCGCCUCAUCACAACUUACCUUGAGCGUCUUCCCCCCGAUUACCUCCCUGGCCUCGAGCAGCAACAGUCUGCUGAUGCGCAUACUACUCCCUCAAACACCAUUCUCCGUCAGAUUCAAGCCCUUGUCAGUCGACUUGAUCUUGUCGUCCCCGCAGACGUUGAGAGUUUCGAAAAGGAAAUUCUUUGUGAGGAGAAUGAUGUCUCCAUUGUCUCGCGUCUCAACGAGCUCAUGCAGAGCAUUGGCGGCAUGCGAGAUCUGGGCAAGAAGUUCAGUAUUCUCGAGGCUGCCAAGAACAGGGAUCGUCGAGCAGGGCCUGCUGAUUUUGCGGGCUACGGCGGCUCAUCUGGCUAUAACGUCUCUGGUGUGGGUGAUGUCAUGAUGUGA